UUUGUCCUUCUUGUGUUCUCAGGAGACACUGUGUUCCUGAGUGGGGCUGCCGCCACCCCCAUCCAACUGGCCAAGGCAAUGACAGACUACGGCAAGAGUGCAGGACUCAAGGGUGUCACAGUUUGUCACAUGCACACUGAGGGUGAUGCUCCCUACACAAACGAGGACUGUGCAGGUAUCUUUCGUUCGAUGUCUUUCUUCAUGGCCGCUAAUGUCAGGAAGGGUGUGGCUGAGGGCCGAUCUGACGCCAUUCCUAUUUUCCUCUCGGAAAUUCCAUUGCUGUUCACCCGUAAGAUUGUGAAACCUGAUGUUGCCAUGAUCCAGGUAAUGUUUACAACUGGACUGUUUUACACUUGCACUUAUAAAUUAUGACAACACAUAAUUUCC